GAUUGGGUGAGAGAGUUAGUCUCAUUACUAGAUGUACAAUGAGCCACUGCUCUCAGCCUGAGCGUUCUGAUGCUGGACAGAGGAACUUUACAUGAACUAAACAGCCUGAUGCUUAUAGGAAUUAAGAGACCAAAGAGAAUUUCAACAGAGUAGACUUUAAACUUCAGGAUCAUGCAGGAACUCAGACGUUUGAUGCUCCCCAAGAAGGUUUAAUUUGAAGGUGGCUGAACUAUGAAGGACUCAAAGAGACAUUAAGCUUGGUGUGUUUGGAUUGUCUCACGUCACCAUGGAGAUCAGGAAAGUGCAUUUGAAAUGCCCCGGGACAUUUUUACUGACCAUGAUGAUGUUCAAAUGGGGUAUAUUCUGUUCCGGGUCAUCUGAUAUGUGUGCAUCUUCACCAUGUCAGAAUGGAGCAACAUGCGUGGAUACAAUGGACGAUUACGUGUGUUUGUGUUCACGGGAAGGAGUACGGUACAUGGGGAGGGACUGUCAGGAGCUGUACAACGCUUGUGUGUUUGCUGAAUGUGAAGGGUGUGUGAGUGAACCCGGCACGGAGCACUACAUCUGUCCAGAGGACAUCAACGAGUGUGAAAGCGGGCCAUGUGUUGGUGCCCUCUCUGAGUGUGUGGACGAGCUGAAUGGCUACAAAUGCCUGUGCCCACCUGGUUUCGGAGGAGAGGACUGCAGUCAUCGCAUAACUGAUUGUGUUGAUGUACCCUGCCUCAACAAUGGCACCUGUAGACGUAUAGUGGAUGGAUUUGAAUGCACUUGUUCAGACGGUUUUCGUGGUGAGACCUGCGAAGAGGACCUGGAUGAGUGUGAUUCACAUCCCUGUCAGAACGGUGCAAUCUGUCUGGAUGGGGCCAACAAGUAUCACUGCUUCUGCGUACCUGGAUACCAAGGACACGACUGUGAGAUUGACAUAAAUGAGUGUGCAUCAAGACCUUGUUGGAACAAUGGAACAUGUAUUAAUGGGAAAGACCGUUACCUGUGUGAAUGCCUGCUGGGAUAUACAGGAGUAAACUGUGAGAUGGAGAUUGAUGAAUGCGAUUCAAAUCCCUGUCAAAACGGAGCCACCUGUCAUGACCUAGUGGGGCUGUACACCUGUGACUGUGUGCAGGGCUUUGAAGGUUCAGACUGUGAAAUCAAUAUCGAUGAAUGUGAAAGUGAUCCAUGUCAAAAUGGAGGAAUCUGCCAAGACCUCAUUGAUAGUUAUGAGUGUGAAUGUGAGGGCACUGGUUUUAUUGGGGACCACUGUGAGGAGGAUAUUCCAGAGUGUGCAUCACAUCCUUGCCAACAUGGAGCUACUUGUCUAGAAGGCAUUAACCACUACAACUGUACCUGUUGGCCAGGUUUUGAAGGAGAUAACUGUGAGGUGGAUAUAGAUGAAUGUGCUGAUACUCCCUGUAAGAACGAUGGUGAAUGUUUUGAGAAAUCAAAUCCAGAACUCUGGGAAACAGACUGGGAGUUCACCUACGCCACAGCCGCGGGUUAUGUCUGUCAGUGCCAACCAGGAUACACAGGAGAGAACUGUUCAGUGAACAUAAACGAGUGUGUAUCUGAGCCCUGUCACAAUGGAGGAAGCUGUAAGGAUUUGGUAAACGGAUACAUGUGUCUAUGCCCAGAGGGGUUUGCAGGUGUGGAGUGUGAGGUUAAUAUAGAUGAGUGUGAGAGUUCCCCCUGCCUGAAUGGAGGAGUAUGUGAAGAUGGAGUGGCUGAAUACAAGUGCCAAUGUGCAGAAGCUGAGGAUGGUCAUCUGCCAUGGGGGGGUCCCCAAUGCACUGUGCAGCUGCUUGGUUGCAUUGAGCAUGCCUGCCAAAAUGGCGCCACCUGCUUACCUUGGUUGGAUGGAGAGACACAUGGACAUACUUGCCUUUGUCCUCCUGGUUUCUAUGAUGACAUAUGUUCUACACCAACCACAUUCUCCUUCUCCUCACCGAGGUUCUUUCUGAUUGAGGUUCCACCACUCGAGCGCAGAAGGAGAGACACAGAACAUGAGCACCCUCUGGGGGUCCGUCUGCGCUUCCGCACCACUCUGCCUGAUAUGCUGCUGUUCUUUCGUGGCAAUGCUGAGCUCUUCCUAUCCUUGGAGAUUAUUGGGGGUGGGCUGCUUGCUAAGGCAAUAUCAAAGGGGGCAGGGUCACUGGAGGCACAUUUACCAGUGCUUGUAAGUGACGGAGAUUGGCAUGAAGCAAUGGUGAGCAUUGAUGAACAGGAUAUCAAACUUAUGCUUCAGGUCAGAGGUCCAGGCUGUGACAAUCAAGCAUGCAGAGUUGAAGACAAGCAACCAGAAUAUCAUGAAACUUUCUUAAACCACAAUAGCCUCACAAAGGUAUAUGUUGGUGGAGUACCAGAGGAGUACAUCGAGCUUACAUUGAGUGGUCAUGGCUUUUUGGGCUGUAUGGAGGACCUACAGAUUGAUGGUCAUCCUGUCCUGCCGCAUGAUCUGGGAGACGAGGAGGCAAGUGUAGAGUUAGGCUGUAUAAAGCCAGAAUGGUGCCAGGUGGACCCACAUCCUUGCUCUCAAAAAGGGCACUGUGUCGACCUCUGGACGAGCUACCGCUGUGACUGUUACAGACCACACUAUGGACAUGACUGCAGCCAAGAUUUCUCCUCUUGGACAUUUGGUCAUGAGGAUUCUACAAGCUUUCUUGCAUUUGAACUGCUGUCUGAUAUUGGCAGGAACUUUAGUGUCUCAUUCUUCCUACGAUCGCUUAAAUCAAAUGGAUUAUUAUUUCAGCUGCGUAGGGCAGGACUUCAGGCGACAGGGGGAGAUUAUCCUUAUUUUACCAUGUACCUGAAAAUGGGACGAGUACAGGUGACCUCUGUAGUAGAGUCACCCAUCUUAUCAUCACCAAUGUUUGUCUGUAAUGGAGAUAAGGCACUGCUUCAGGUGGACAUACAGGAGGGUCAGGUGUUCUUUAGCCAUGGAGGAUUGCGCUAUGGACUUGGCUCACUGCCUGACUUGGAAGUUCUGGAGGGAGACCUGGUGUAUGUUGGUGGAGUUCCUGGUGAAGAGGGUGCAACAGAUUGGGGUGGGCACUUGAAGGGCUGCCUGCAGGACCUGAGACUAGACAAUGUGCAUCUGGAUGUGGAAGCCUGGAAUAGUACCCACAGUGAGACUAUAAAUAUUUCCAGUGAUGCAGAAAAUGUGCUACCUGGCUGCAUGAGUGAUGACACAUGCAAGGUGGAGCCUUGCUUGAAUGGUGGAGAGUGUACAGUCACAUGGAAUGACUUUACUUGUUCUUGUCCACGGGAUUUCACUGGAAAGACAUGUGAAACCAGAGUUUGGUGUGUCAGCGACCCGUGCGUAAAUGGUGGACGCUGCGUGGAUCUGUUGGAUGGUUUCGAGUGCAUUGCUAAUGCAACCUUUGACAACACACCCUUACACUACAGUGCUAAAGGAUCGCUAGUUGACCCAGUUACCAACGUUACCAUGGAGCUCCGUACAAGGCAGGAAAAUGGUGUGUUACUUCGUGCAUGGAGAGGGGCGGAACUUCUACUGGUUGGUCUGUUGGAUUCAGCCAUUUAUGUGGAGCUUCAUACAGAGAACAGUGUGGAACCAGUGACAUUCUCUGGAAAGAGACACAUUGCAGAUGGAAGCUGGCAUCGCCUGCUUGUUGGCAUGGCCAACCCAGAACAUGAUGCAUCACAGUGGUUGAUUUUGGUAGAUGGCAUCAUCGAUGGUAGCAGUGCCCCAGUGCUUGCUGGUAGUUUAAGUUUUCUUAAAGACUUGUCAAGUGAGGUUGCACUGGCAGAGACGUACACAGGAUGUCUAGGUGCUGUCAGAGUAGGUGAGGUGUAUCUUCCAUUUGUAGACAAUGCCAAAUCACCCCAAACAUCUAGGUUUUGGCGGAGACAAGAUGAGCGUGUGCGCAUAGGCUGCUUUGGGGCUCCAGUGUGCCACUCUCAUCCUUGCAGGCAUGGUGGUACAUGUGUGGAUCUCUUCAAUACCUUUAGCUGCCAGUGCUCAGCCGGCUGGGAAGGGAUCACCUGUGAGAAAGAAACAGACGAGUGUGUCUCAGGACCCUGUCUCCAUGGCAAAUGCAAGGACAAGUUUAAUGGGUUUGACUGCUUGUGUCAUCCAGGAUAUGCUGGACCUACAUGUUCGGAAAACAUAGACGACUGCAAAGGAUCGAAGUGUAAGAACGGGGGAACCUGUGUGGAUGGAGUUAAUGACUACACCUGUAUCUGUCCACCCAAGUACAGCGGACUACGUUGUCAGUAUAACUACCCUCCUCUUAAAUGUGAACUGGAUUUUGAAUGUGAAAACGAUGGCAUUUGUCAUGACACUCAGUGGGGGGCAAACUGCACCUGCCUACCAGGAUUCACAGGAGACAGAUGUGAAAGAGAAAUGGAUGAGUGUGCAUCUAGCCCAUGUCUAAACGGUGGAUCGUGUCUGGAUCGGCUGAACCGGUUUCAAUGUUUGUGUCCAGUAGGAUUCAGUGGCCAGUUUUGUGAAACAAAUAAGCAGGCUCAGCAAGAUCAUAUACCAUGGCUGGCGAUUGCGGUUCCUUUGGCAUGUGGCUGUAUCCUCUUAGUGGCUAUUGGUCUCAUUUUCAUGUUAAUGACAGCACGCAGGAAGCGACAAUCAGAAGGAACUUAUUCCCCAAGCCAUCAGGAAGUUGCAGGUGCACGCCUGGAGAUGGACAGCAUGCUGAAAGUACCACCAGAAGAGCGUCUGAUUUGAGAUAUGAACUCAAAAAUAGAUGUAGACAAGGGAGCUCUAAAAUGAGUGACUAUAUGGAACUACAGUGGACCUUUCCAAGACUAUGUGGUAUUAUGGACUAAAACGCAAGUGCUACAUCAAACAAGCAACCUAAAAAUGUACUGUAAUAUGAAUGAAAGAGGAAAAAUGAAAAUGGGAAACAUGAAAGCAUUAAAUAUUUACAGAUUUUUCAACAACUCUGGAAUUUAACCAGCAACUCUCUCAAGUCUAGAUGAACUUGGACUUUGUGAUUCUUUACCUCAUGGCAUUAUAUGCCUAAAUGACUGAUAACAGUGUUAUACAGUAAAGAGGUGAAAAUAUGAGUUUACAUUCUCCCCACAGCAUUUAAAAUCUUAAACAAAUCCCUUUCAAAGAUAAGCGCUAAAAAUAGUGCUAAUGAUGGAUCCAGCAACAUUUUGAAAAUGUGUACAGGUAUGUAUAUAUUUUUUUCCACAGCAUUUGAAUGUACAAGGUAUGCUACCUGUAGCAAGACUGUUGUGUUAACUAGCUACUAUUUCUGCUGUAGGCAACACUGGAUAUGAUAAUUGACACAAAGGAAUGUGGCUUCAUAUUCAUGCCAAUGUGAAUAAUUAGCCAUAAAUUAGCGUUUAAAGGGGUGUGGAACACCCCCCCCACCUGGUAUUAAGAUGUGUUUUGGUCGAUCUGAUCACAAGGGAGAUGAAUUCCCGUUUACACCUUUUAAUCCAUCUCUUUUGUCUACUUUCGACCACUUCUGUCCUGAUUUCCUUGAGGGGAGGGUCUAUGGGUGGGUAAAUGUAUGGGCUUUUUCAGAUCUUUCGAUCUAAUGGACAAAAUAAGUUUGCGCAAUUUACAUAUGAACACAAAAGGAGAUGGCAGAACAACAUACGGAGAGCAGCAGUUUUCAUUUCUGCUCUGACAGCCCCAAGACCACGCUGAACGUGGUGAGAACAUUGUCCUUGGUAUGUUUUUUCGUCUACACACCAAACUUGGGUUUCUUCAGCUGACAAAGUUUCCUUUUGUCUUUUGUGGUUGUUCGUACUCAUUCGACAACAUGACCGUUUACACUACGAAAGCAAUCCGGCUGAAUGCGUUUUCAACUACCUCUGGAAGUGGUCGAAAGUAGACAAGCUCAAAACAUUUUAGCCCCCGUUCACAUCAGUAUUUAGCGCCACCCUCGUGUGAUUGGAUUGAUAAAAAUGCUUCUUAAUUCCAGGUGUAAAAAAUGGCCUUAAAGGGAUAGUUCACCCAAAUUAUCCCAUGAUUUACUCACCCUCAAGCCAUCAAAGGUUUAUAAUGGUUGUGAAUGGUAACCCAAAUUCUGAAGACAAAAAAAAAUGCAUCCAUCCAUAAAAAAUAAUCCAUACGACUCCAGGGGGUUAAUAAAAGCCUUCUGAAGUGAAUCGAUGCGUUUGUGCAAGACAAGUAUCCUUAUUUAAAACGUUAUAAAGUAAAAUAACGAGCUUCCGGUGCGACAGCCAUACGCAUUCGACGUACGUCCAAAACGCAUUAACUUCCGCAAUGUAGUACACAAUAACAUGACGUACUACGCGUUAUACGUCAUGGUGUAGUGUAGAACGUCAUGGCAUAUAUCUCCGAUUGUGUUCGUCUGAAAGAAGAUAGUCAUAUACCCCUAGGAUGGCUUGAGGGUGAGUAAAUCUUUUGGGUGAACUGUCCCUUUAAAGUAAUGCAUUUUCUUUCCGUUUUUUCCCUUUUGGUGCGUAACUUUUAUGGUUUUGCCUACAGCAUUGUUGCAUUCACAUUGUGUCAGAAUUACUCUAAUUAUGCAUUUACAGUUACUAAAAACUGUUCACGUCGUUGUUGAACUCAUGUCAUAUAAGAACCAAAAAGACAGUUAAUGCUAGUUAGUUAGCAACAUCACUAGGUUUAUGUUUGAUAUGCCAUUUCAUUUAAACCAAUAACCUGCACUAAUCACUAUUUGAGACCGCAAAGAGAAAUAAAUGAAUAUACUGAUUACAUUUUUUGCUAUCGAUGACAACAAUGCUACACAUGAAGCUAGCUGUCAUGGAUGGAGUGACAAGACAAAUAGCUUUGACUAGAAUCUCUGAGCAGUUGUCAUCUUGUAAUUAUGGUAAUUCCAACAAAAAUGUGAACGCAGCGUAAUCUGAUUGAGACCGUUAUUUGAAAAACUGUGAACAUUUUACUAUUUGACAAUCACUGCAUUUUUUUUUAGCAACGUGUUUAUACACAUACCAGUGUGUGAGACUAAAGAUAUAAACAAACACCAACACCAAUGUUUAUACACGCUUACCUCUGCAUACACAUGCAAACGCCAUGAGUGGUGAAAUAAAAUUCUGCCUGUUUAUGAUGAUAAAACAAGAGAGAUGAGAUAAACAUAAGAACAGCUCCUUGCUGAUGCCUAAAUGCUGAAUGCAAGUGUGUAAAUUGUGGCUAUAAUUUUUGUUUUCUGGUCUGUUGCAUAUCAGUCUGGCUUCCUUCAAAUGCGUGCUUAGGAAUUACUAAAACUAAACCGUACAGUGUGAACUGCAACAUCAUUUUAGGAAUAUAUUUUUGAAUGUGUAAAUGUGCAAAAAUUGUUUAAUAAAGGUGUUUGUGUUUAAA